GGACGCGCGCGUUUAGUGCACGCCAGCACGAACAUGUGUAAGUGUUAUAAUGAGGAAUAAGAGUGAGUGAAGACCCGCGGUUUAAGCUUAAAUUUGCCAUGUAGACCGCGUCCCCCUCUGAGCAGAAUGGUUCAAACCGAGGACGCUUUAACCCUCGAUUUUGGGAUGCUACUGAUAGUGAGUACACUCCAUUAGAUAUAAUGCCGCGAAGUCACGUUUAUGAAAGAUGUUUAAUAAGUUAAUUCACUAAUCCUUUUAAGUCGACGUGUUAAUGCGACGCGCGGGGGGUCGCCGCCGCUGACAUGCAGUGAGUCAAGUCAUCUUCCAGCAGAAGCCUUGGCACCCGAUAAAAGAGGCUGCAAAAAGGAAUUUUACUGACUUUGCUGGGAAACGAUGGUGCCAAACAGUCAUUGACGCAGAAGAUUACAUCCAUCAUUUGACGGCUUCCUAGAAUCCCAAGAGCCUGGCCGAAAAUUCAUCCUCCGUCUGCGGUCCCGCCAGCACUGAGAUGCCUUCCCUCCCCAACGAUGGAGGAGAAGAUCAAGGAACAUCCCCCUUGAAUCGACCCCCUGCUACAUCCUAUCAGAAUAGUGGAAAGAGAAAAGUACGGAAAAAGAAGAAGGGAAUCAUCACAGCCAAUGUAGCUGGAACCAAGUAUGAAAUUGUGCGUAUCGUGAUUGGAGAAAUGCAUUUUCUCAAAACGCGAGAUGAGGAUGAAACGGCCAAUCUUAUUUGGAACGACUCUGCUGUGCAGCAUGAGAAGAUUGCUGAGCUCAGGAACUAUCAGAGAAUUAACCAUUUCCCAGGAAUGGGGGAGAUUUGUCGGAAAGACUGCCUGGCAAGGAACAUGGCAAAAAUGAUGAAGAACCAGCCUCAGGAGUACAGCUUCAUACCUAAAACCUGGAUCUUUCCUGCUGAGUACACCCAAUUUCAGAACUAUGUGAAGGAACUACGCAGGAAACGCAAGCAGAAAACUUUCAUUGUGAAACCGGCCAAUGGUGCCAUGGGCCACGGGAUCUCCUUAAUAAGAAACUGUGAGAAACUUCCGGCUCAAGACCACUUCAUUGUCCAGGAGUACCUUGACAAGCCAUUCCUAAUGGAGGGCUACAAGUUUGACCUGAGAAUCUACAUCCUGGUCACGUCCUGUGACCCACUGCGCAUCUUCCUAUACAACGAUGGCCUUGUGAGGAUGGGCACAGAGAAGUACCACGCACCUAAUGACUCGAAUCUGAAUCAGCUGUACAUGCACCUAACAAACUACUCCGUGAACAAGCACAAUGAAAACUUCGAACGGGACGAGACCGUAGACAAAGGGAGCAAGAGGUCCAUUGGCUGGUUCACGGAGUUUCUCCGCACCAACGACUACGAUGUGGCCAAAUUUUGGGGAGACGUCUCUGAACUCGUGGUGAAGACCCUUAUAGUGGCCGAGCCACACGUCCUCCAUGCCUACCGAAUGUGCCGCCCUGGUCAGCCACCUGGGAGUGACAGUGUCUGCUUUGAAGUGCUGGGAUUCGACAUCAUCCUCGAUCGCAAGCUGAAGCCCUGGCUUCUGGAGAUAAACCGUGCACCGAGUUUUGGGACAGACCAGAAGAUUGAUUACGAUGUGAAGAAGGGUGUCUUGCUCAACACACUGAAGCUGCUGAACAUCAGGGGAAGUGACAAGAAACGGAACCUGGCACAGCAGAAGGCCGAAGCCCAGCGACGGCUGUACGGGCAGGGCUCUAUGAAGAAGCUCUCCGCUGCCUCUUCCGAGUGGGAGAAGCAGAGGCACACGCUGGAGAGGAGGAAGGAGGAGUUGAAAGAGCGACUGGCUCAGGUCCGCAAGCAGAUCUCCAGGGAGGAACACGAAAACCGGCAUCUGGGGAACUACAGGCGUAUUUACCCCCCAGAUGACAAGCUGCUUCUGGAAAAGUAUGAAAACCUCCUUUCAGUUGCCUUUCAAAUCUUCCUCGCUGGGCGUGCGGCCUCACUUCAGAAGGAAAUGAAUAAUCCUCUGAAGCGAAUGAAGGAGGAAGACAUCUUAGAUCUCUUGGAGCAAUGUGAGUUGGAUGAUGAGAAGCUCAUGGGGAAACCAGCCAGGCCGAGAGGGCCAAAGCCCCUGUCCUCCAUGCCCGAGAGCACGCCAACACCAAAGAAGCCAAGGGAUGGCGACAGCAGCACUAGCAGCUGCAACAACAGCAGCUCCUCAGAGUCGGAGGACGGUGAGAAGGAGGACCACCUGACGAAAGGGGAGAAGCGGGUCUCGUACGACCUGGGAGACAGCAAGUAUAACACAUCUGAGCGCUCCAGCAGGGUGCACUGGAAGCCACCCAUCAAGCCUGUCAAAGCCACUCCCUCUGCCUCCCCAACGCUCUCCGGACCAAUGCGGCGCUCCAUCUCCUGCCCACGCUCCAUCUCCUCCUUGACAGCACAGUCGCCCACGAACGAGUCCCGCACAUUCAUGCCGAAGCCCUCUACACCCACAUUACGGCCCAAUUCUGCUUCUCGGUCCCACUCCCUCAACCGGAGCGGCUCUGCUUGCAGGGUACCCCACAGCAACAGCCUUGGGACUAUCCAUUCCAAUAUGGGAGAGUCCUUGCUGAACCUUAGAACUAAAGAACAGGAGGCAGAGCUGACCCGGCAGACCCUCACGGCUCUGAAUGAGAUGAAAAUCCGUUUCCCGGGAAAGAGUGAGGAAGAAGCAGAAAUGGUCCUGGAUGAAAUACUCGAUAACUGGAAGUAUCAUAAACCAAAAGUGGCCUCAUACUGGUUGGUGAAGUUAGAUUCCAUGAAACAAAGAAAGGUUUUAGACAUUGUUCGUACCAAUAUACGUUCCAUGCUGCAACGGAUCUGGAGGGAGCCUGAUGUGGACAGUUUACAUUUAUACCGCCUUUUCAACCGUGUCUUUAACCGUCUGCUAUGGAGUCAUGGCCAAGGGCUGUGGAACUGCUUUUCCAACUCCGGAUCUUCAUGGGAGACCAUCUUCAGCAAGAGCAGUGAUGUGGUCUCACCGCAGGAGCUGCAGUGCUGCCAGCGGCUGGUGCAGUUGUGCCGGGACUGUCUGCUUGUGGUCUACAAGUUUGUGGCUGAUUCCCGGGGUUCCUUGACUGGUCUCAGCCCCGAAUGGGAUGACACUAGGUAUCUGCUGCCAGUGACCUCCCAGUUCGUCAUGAAGUGGCCUUCCUCCAGCUUUGGCCGUGUCUCCUCAGCCAUGCCGCGCGCACGCAGCCUGUUCACUACCCGGAUGGGACAUUUCUGAAGAGUGCCCUCUGUCCUAUGCUCAGUGGCUCCUAGGCACCAGAUUGGUAGCUUUAGCUGCUAAAUGUACUCCCCUCGGCACUUGGAGGGGGAACUAGAUCCUGCUGAGGCCAGAGGGUGAAAAAUAAAUCAAGAACAUCUGGGGGAAGAGAUUUGUGCCCAAACGUUGAGUUUGAAGUGAAUUUCAGAAGUCUCACCAAUCCAGAUGUACCUGUUGUACCUGCUAUAUGAUAUUGGUUCGCUAUACAGUUUGUCACAGUACUGUAAAGAG